AUCUAAAAAUGUUUGUGAUAAGUAAAGGGUAAGGUAUUUAUAUAUUCUAAACUAGUACACUUUUUUCAGGAAACAAAAGUCGAAACUACAAAUGUUGGUCUGUCCCACAUCAUCAUGCUUACCUUUAUUGGGAAAAGUGCUCUGUGAAGAUAGUUUGGCUGUCUAGAAACCAGUUGGACUUAUUGUUGGAUUUUUAUCUGCAUUUUGGAGAAUUCAUUGAACACUAACUAAGCAAAUACAGUAUCCUGUUUGCCAGAAGAUAAGAUGACCGCAGUCUUACCUGUGUAAAUGAAGCUACUCCCUCUGCACAAAGAAUGAACCAGCAGUGGAAGAGAAACUACUGCAAACUGACUAAUUGCGGGUGAAGAUGUUUUAUUUUUGUGGCAGGAAUCUGUGGGAUCUGUAAUAGAAAUGAUGGCUGGUUGUGGUGAAAUUGAUCACUCAAUAAACAUGCUUCCUACAAACAAGAAAGCAAAUGAGUCCUGUCCUAAUAGUUCACCUUCUCUAACUGUUCCUGAAUGUGCCAUUUGUCUGCAAACAUGUGUUCACCCAGUCAGUCUCCCCUGUAAGCAUGUUUUCUGCUACCUGUGUGUAAAGGGAGCUUCAUGGCUUGGAAAGCGAUGUGCCCUCUGUCGACAAGAAAUUCCUGAGGAUUUCCUUGACAAGCCAACCUUGUUGUCACCAGAAGAACUUAAGGCAGCAAGUAGAGGAAAUGGUGAAUAUGCAUGGUAUUAUGAAGGAAGAAAUGGGUGGUGGCAGUACGAUGAGCGUACUAGUAGAGAGCUGGAAGAUGCUUUUUCCAAAGGUAAAAAGAACACUGAAAUGUUAAUUGCUGGGUUUCUAUAUGUUGCUGAUCUUGAAAAUAUGGUUCAGUAUAGGAGAAAUGAACAUGGACGUCGCAGGAAGAUUAAGAGAGAUAUAAUUGAUAUACCAAAGAAGGGAGUAGCUGGACUUAGGCUGGAUUGUGACACUAAUACUGUAAACCUAGCAAGAGAGAGUUCUGCUGACGGAGCGGACAGCAUAUCAACACAGAAUGGAGCUUCUGCUCAGCCUCCAGUGUCGUCUUCUGUAAGGCCCCUAACAUCAGUAGAUGGUCAGUUAACCAGCCCUGCAACACCAUCUCCUGACGCAGGCACUUCUCUGGAAGACUCUUUUGCUCAUUUACAACUCAGUGGAGACAGCAUAGCUGAAAGGAGUCAUAGGGGGGAAGGAGAAGAAGAUCAUCAGUCACCAUCUUCAGGCAGGGUACCAGACACCUCUAUUGAAGAAACCGAAUCUGAUGCCAGUAGUGAGAGUGAGGAUGUUUCUGCAGUUGUUGCACAGCACUCCUUGACCCAACAGAGACUUUUGGCUCCUAAUUUAAACCAUACAGUAGCUGAUCGACCAGAUCGAUCAGGAGCUGAUCGAUCAGUAGCAGGGGGUGGAACAGUGAGUGUCAGAUCUAGAAGGCCUGAUGGACAGUGCACAGUAACUGAAGUUUAAAUAAAUCUUCAGCUCCAUGCUCAAAGUUGAAAUGGUGAUCUGUAAAUUUCUGCUCACAUAACAUUAUACUCAUCCCUAGUUGUGUAUUUUGGGAGUUGGGGUGGGAAAGGGAAAGGGGAAUGGGAUGGAUAGAUCUGAAAUUUAAAAUGUCUAACAUGUCUGUUGAAAUUUAUUUGAUGUAAGGAACUUGGGUAUUAGCUGAGAGCUGUUUAGUAAUAGCCCAGUUUUCUAGACAUCGGUUUACUUUGCUUUUAAAAAAUUUCUUUAGUUUUUUUGGCCAGUUUUUGUAUAUCAUCUGUGCAUUAAUGGGGUUCCCAUCUGACUCUUGCACUAUCUUAUUUUUCUGCAUGGGUUGGCAUAAAAUCAUUACUAAAAUUUGGCACCCGUGAGAUGUUUGAAGAGCAGGAAGCUUCAUUUAAUGUGGAAAUAGAUGUGAAACUGGAACUUAAAAAUAGAUGAAUAACAACUAUUUUAUAGUAAAAUAUGGAAAUGUAAAGAAAGCAGAUAACUUAUGUUUCAGAAUCUUUGUAACACUUCAUGGCGUUCCUUCCCAUAGGCUUUGCUGUCUAGUCCUUGUACUUUGAGGUUUCUCUUGGUCUGCGUUUUUCUUUUUGAUUAAAAAAUUAUAAUUUAAUAAAUACUAGAGUUUAUCAAAAAUGAUUUGUCUCUGGUUUGAGUCUGGAAAAAGGAUGGAAGUAUUUUGGUAGUUGUGGCCAAAAGUCAUUAAAAAGGUGGUUAGUUGAACUAAUUUGUCUUCAGCUUAAAUAGUCACCACUCCAAAGUCUGAUUUCUUCUUAGAGAAUAUUUAAACUGUGUGUGUGUGUAAUAAAUAGGUACAAAAAUAAA